UGCGCGCGGGCCCUGCGGGCGCACAACGGGGCGCUGCAGGCUCGCCUGGGCGCGCUGCACAAGGCGUUCAAGAAGGAGGCUCUGCGCGCCGGCAAGCGGGAGAAGUCGCUGGUGGCGCAGCUGGCCGCCGCGCAGCUCGAGCUGCAGAUGACUGCGCUGCGCUACCAGAAGAAGUUCACGGAGUACAGCGCGCGCCUGGACUCCCUCAGCCGCUGCGUGGCCGCGCCCCCCGCCGGCAAGACGGAGGACACCCGGAGCCUGACGCUUGUCCUGCAGCGUGACGCCGGCGCCCUGGGCUUCCACAUCAUCGGCGGCCGGCCCUGUGAGGACAACCAAGAUGGACCAUCCGGCGAAGGCAUUUUCGUUUCCCGCGUGGCGGACGGCGGGCCGGCGGCCAGGGACGGGGGCCUGCAGGUCCAUGACCGCAUCGUGGAGGGGCCCAGCAGAGUUGGGGUGCAGACGUGGAGACCCAGCGUGUGUCGGGCUCUGUCGUGGGGGCUGCGCUCACAGCAGACAGAUCGGAGCCCCCGCCUCCGCGCCCGCCUGGUCCCGGGGGCGCUCCCAGCUGAUGUCCACUCUGGCCGGGGCGCGGACCUUGUAAACCUGCAGGGGCAGCGGCCCCUUUGCCGGGACCGAGACCAGGCGGUGGCCGUGGGCAGGGGCCAGGCCAGGGCCGGGUGCUCCGUGCUGGCCGCGGCGGCCGGCAGGCCGGCCCGAGAGCCCUCGGAGCAGCCACACGAGGCCGGGCCUGUCCAGGUGGCGGCCGUCCAGCUGCCUGACGUCGCCCGGGAACAGAACAGAGUCCUGCCCUGGCCCUUCAGAGGGGAGGUGCGGCCAGAGAGCGGACACGGCGUCCCCCGCAACCCCCCAGCCCGCAGCCCCCACCUGCAUGCGGGCCGGCACCCGGGGCUGUGCCUGCACCCCCAGGCCCGGUGGGUGCCCUCGCCCGGCGCCUGGCUGGACCCCGGGGCACGCUCCAGGCAGAGGGCGCGUGUGGAUUUGGAGGGUGCCGGGGUUUUGGGCUCCAAGCUGUACCUGCAGGACCCGGACACGGAGACCCUGGGGACCUACUCGGUGUCGGUGAGCGACACGGACGGCGUGUCCUCCAGUUUCGUGCUGGACGCCGAAGGCGGAGAAGCUGAGACUGAGACGCAGGCCGAAGGCUGCUGUGACCUCGUGCCCUGGGCAGCGCGGCCCUGUGCACCCCCGCACCCCGCCCGCGUCUCUGGGCGCCCUCGGUCCCCGGGCGGAGACCAGGCCGUUUGGUCGUUUCUGGCGUCGGCCCUGCAGCGCACGCCCCCACCGCACGCCCCCACCGCACUCUGCGCGCAGCGGGCCGGGAGGAAGCAGGAGGGGCCGGGGAGUGCCCGUUUCACCAUCGCUGAGGACAAGCUGUCUGUCCCCUCCCGCCUUUCUCGGCUCCUGGACACAGCUCCUGACCAGCUCCCCGGCCGGCGCCUGCGCCAGCCCUGGGUGCCGGGGGCUGCUGGAGGCCCGGUCUCCUCCUGGGUCCAGUUGACAGCGCCUGUGCCCGAGUUCUACGACGCCAGUGGCUACCUGGGCGGCCUCCCCCAGGACCUGGAGCGGGAGGAGCUGGAGCUGGAGGUGCGGCCGCCUGGCGCGGGGGCUCCACCUGCUCCGUGCUCACUUCGGGGUGGUGCGGGGCUGCCUGGCCGGGCCCCCGGCCCGCCGUCCCCUUCCCGCCUGGACGCCUUCUGCGCUGCCCCCGGGAGGCCACGGGUGGGGCCGGGCCCCACGCCCCUCGGCACUGUCACAGUGGCGGCCCCCAUGCCGACAGUCUCUGUGGGGACCGGCCGCCCCCUCUGCUCUGUGGCCCCAGUUGUCCGUCUCCCCGGGACCAGGGCGCAGGCUGGCCCCGUCCGCGGCUCCUGCUGCCCUGUGCUGCCCCCUGCCGGCUGCCCCCUGCCUCUGCCUGGUCGGCCAGGGCUGCGCCCUGCCGGGAUGCCCAGACUCCUGGCCCCGCUGGGUGGGGGCGCCCUGUGCGGGGUGUCCACGGGCUCGGGCCAGCGGCCCUGCUCGGGUCCACGGGGGCUGCAGGUCCUCUGUGGCUCCCGCCGCGACAAGCUGGGGCUCACCGUGUGCUACCGCACGGACGAGGAGGAGGACCUGGGCAUCUACGUGAGCGAGAUUGACCCCAACAGCAUCGCGGCUCAGGACGGGCGCAUCCGGGAGGGGGACCGCAUCAUCCAGAUCAACGGGAUGGAGGUGCAGGACCGCGAGGAGGCCGUGGCCCUGCUGUCCAGUGAGGCGCACAGGAGCGUCUCCCUGCUGGUCGCCAGGCCGGAGCUCCAGGUGAAGCGCCCGGGCGGGGCCACGCGGGGACGGGCCGUCGGCGACCCUCAGGGCCUGGUCCUGCAGCAAAGCCGGCUGGACGGCCCGCGCGAGCCGGGCGCCGAGGACCGCCGCGAGCCGAGCAUCCUGGAGCUGAGCCACAAGAAGAUGCUGAAGCGGAGGAACAAGAGGAUCUUCGACAGCUGGAUGACGAUCCAGGAGCUCCUGACGCACGGCGCCAAGUCGCCGGACGGCACUCGGGUGUACAACUCCUUCCUGUCGGUGACCACCGUAUGA